GGAAUAGCUAUGAAGUUCACUGCAAGUUUGAUUUUCCUAUUGGCCCUCCUUCUAUCAUGCCAUGCCAAUGUUGGUGCUGCCGUCAAAAAGUCUCAUAGGAGCCCAACGACUACUGCCAAGGCAUCCCAAUCGACGUCCAAAAAUGUAACAGUAGCUGCUAGUACUUCUGCAAAGAUGGUAUUCGCUCAUUUUAUGGUAGGAAUUGUGAGUUCCUAUCAAGCCAGCGACUGGGCAAAUGACAUUGCUUUGGCUUCAGCAAGUGGGAUCGAUGGUUUUGCUCUUAAUAUCGGUGCAGACUCUUAUACCGAAUCCCAACUUACAUUGGCAUAUAAUGCAGCAGCCUCAAAGAAUUUCAAAUUGUUCAUUUCAUUCGACAUGACAAGUAUCACUGACCCCAACAGAAUAUCGUCCAUUCUAAAACAAUACAGUGGCCAAAGUGCCCAGUUCAAAGUUGACGGAAAACCAUUUGUAUCCACGUUUGUUGGAUACGGUGUCGUUGACUGGAAUUCCAUUCAAGCGACAAGUGGAGUAUCUAUUUAUUUGGUACCAAACUGGCAAGCUAGUCAGCUCCAAGGAAAUACUCAAGUCUCUGGCGGAUUUAGCUGGAUAGCGUGGCCAAACUCCAACAACCAACCAAUUGAUGCCAAUAUGACAACAGACUCGGAUAAUGCAUACAUAUCGGCACUUGCUGGAAAAGCAUAUAUGGCACCAGUUAGUCCCUGGUUCUUUACGCACUUCGGUUCGGAUGUUUCAUACAGCAAGAAUUGGCUCUUUUUGAGUGAUGUCCUUUGGUAUCAACGAUGGGAGGAAAUAUUGAAACUGAAGCCAGAUUUCGUAGAAAUCAUCACAUGGAAUGAUUUCGGUGAGUCACAUUAUAUCGGCCCACUCCAUCCUGAAAACCCAAGCGUGUAUGCCGGUCCUGCUACCGACGGUGCAAAAUCAUGGGUAGAGAAUAUGCCUCAUGACGGUUGGCGGGACAUAUCACAAGCAUACAUUACAGCUUACAAAAAUGGAGCUAGCGCACCAGUCGUUACCAAAGAUGAAAUAGUAUACUACUACAGAUUGAUGCCCAAGGAUACAAUAUGUAGCAGUGAUCCCACUGGUCCUCCGACAGGAAGAGACUAUGUGGAAGAUAAGGUUUACGCUGUAACAUUAUUGAAGUCACCAGCAACAUUGACAAUAACAUCUGGAGGUAAUUCACCGGUGCAGUUUUCUGCUCCAUCAGGUGUUAGCAUUUGGUCUGUUCCUAUGGGUGUAGGUAGUCAGCAAUUCAAGCUGAUCAGAAAUGGAGCCACUGCGCUAUCAGGAACUGGUUCGCAACAGGUUAAAAAUUCAUGCACGAUUUACAACUUCAACGCCUUUGUUGGUACCGUCGUUUGAAUGGCCAAUUAUUAUAUGUUUACCUCCAAAAUGC